GGAAUAUUGAUCGUCUCUGGUUCUGCACUAUAAGGAACUGGAAGGAGUCACGACCGAGGAAGACCCGCGAUGCCGGUGGUCUGAUCUUGCAGCUCCCACCUCCUAUCAAAGCUCAUGGCAGGCGCCGACUCGUUUGAAGCAUAAAUGGUAAAAUGGGAACUGGACAAGAAAGAAGCUAAAAUGUACCCGUUGACUCGUAACAUUGCGCUGGAUAACACGCCGGAUUGUCCAGGAUUAUGGCAGUGCCUCGAAGAACUCCAGUCUGCGGAGAAUGUCGUUGCUUGGGCGGAACCCCAGUUCAUUCGUCACGGACCUUGGGCUGUCAGCACUUUCACAGAAGACAUCCUCGACCUAUUCAAGGGUUUUAUUAAUGCCACUGAGAGACCAUAUCUCUCACAUGUUCGGUAGCUGAAGGAGGUGCGGUUGAAGACGGGAAAAAGAUCAACGGUGACACCACAUGUGCC